CAUGAACUUGGUUCUUGCCCGCUGCCUCGCACUCUUCCGCACCAUGACCCUGCUGGAAUCCACGACGAGGGAGUCCGCUGCGUUAGUCGCCUCCGCGAUGGGAAAGCUGAACUUACCCCCGUCUCUGCAGUUCCGCAUUAACCGCUACCAGAGGUUUUUGUCCAUCGAAAGAAACUCCACCGCCCGCGACGCUUUGUUCCGCGAUUUGAGCCCGAACUUGGAUCUGGAGCUAAGAUUAUCAAAUGUAAAAAUGUCUGGGUCUGGAAGAAUGCAGCUUGUGAUGCUGAAUUUGGAUUCCAAAAAAAUCUGUAUUGCAUGAGCAGCAAAGGGAGUGCAAUUUUUGCUACGCGGAGAGGGCAUUUGUCAUGCGGAAUAGGCAUCGCGAAGCCCUCAAAAAAUCUGUGAUGCUAGGGCAUGCAUCACAGACAUCAUGGCCAAUGCAAAACAUGAAUGACAAGUCUCAGAAUCUUCCAGACCCAGACAUUUUUACAUUUGAUAAAGAUUGAUCCUGUACAAACAAUUGAUCGAGACGGCGCCGUUCUUCCAGGAGCUCCGAAGCUCCGCCGUCGGCGCGGUCGUGAGCGGAUUUGACGAAAUUGUGGUGUGUCCGGGGGACAUCAUCAUCCGGAAGGGGGCGGUUGGCAGGGAGAUGUUCUUCAUUUUGAAGGGCAGGGUGGAAGUUUGCGGCAGUGCCGAUGGGUACCCGCUGUACGCGACAAAGUCGCAGGGGGAGUAUUUCGGUAUAGAAGUGGGCUACUAGUAGUUCCUGCGUGAUUGAGUAUUUCUGUGCUCAUGUUGCGAUAUUGAAAUAGAAUUGACGUCUUCGCAUAUUAUGAUCUACUGAUGCAGUAGUUCGAACGAGUAGACCAAGCGCAAGCACCUCUACUCUGAAUAAACACCACAACGUUCUUUCAUCUCCAGGCGAAGCCGCCCUCCUGAUGGACACGUUGCGGUCCGCGUGGGUUCGGGCGAAGACGUUUGUCGUGUUGGCGCACCUGACAAAAGACAAGUUCAAUUUCAUCAUGGAGGAGUGUCCGGACGAGAAAUUCAAGAUGCUCCAGGAAAUUGACGCGCAGAGGAUUGUCCUGGAAAGCGAUGGGGACGACAAGAAGAAGUAAUUAGGUGGGCCGAGGAGCUGAGCCGGUAGUCGUAGCGGACGAAGAUAAGUAAAUUUUUGCGUCGUGACCACUUGUGUAUGAUUCUUCUGUCUGUAUACUUCCAGAAAGACAAGAAGACAAUCUGACAGAUGACAUUCAUGAUCAAAGAACAAUUUAGUUGCAGUCCACUAGAUAGUCCAACAAACCUCCUGUGAAGGCC